UUAAAAUUUGAUCAAAAUUUGCGUUUUCACUCAAAAUGGCAAAAUAGUUUUAUGAAUAGUUGGCCAAACAAACAAAACUGAACGUACAGUCAGACUGAAGCGCAAACAGUUCAAAAAAAAGGAAAAAAAGAAAAGAAAAACAGAAAGGGAGCGAGAGAGAGAGAGAGAGAGACGCGCAGCUUGCUUAUGGCAUUUGUGGCAACUAAUGAUCAGCAUGGCAAUGAAAUAAUGCGCGUGGUGCUCAACACUGAGCCAAGGGGCAAGCGAACUGUGGCAUGUUGCCAGAAUUUGCGCAUCAACUGCGGCCCGACGGAUUUGCGCAAGGGACGCUUCGAUCAUCGGCUGCGCUUUCAUUACUUUGCGGAUGAGCAGGCGAAGCCAAAGAAGACGCAGCGCGCUGUGCUCAGCAGCAGCGCGCAAAAGCUUGAGCCAGUGACGACGCAGCGAGCAGCGCUAAGCAGCAGCGCGCAAAAGCUUAACGAGCAGCUUAACAAAAACGAGCAGCAGCAGCAGCAGCAGCAGCUACGACGCGCCAAGAGCAGCAGCGGCCAAAAGCUGCAGCGCGCCAACUCAGACAUGAGCGAAGCGCAGCAGCAGCAGCUGCAGCGCUGGCAGCGCGAAAAGUUGACAGAGCUGCGCCAGCAGCGUGCAGAGCGCAGGCUGCGCGAGCAGCAGCAGCGUGAGCGACGCCAGCAGCGACGCGAGCUUGCCGCCGAUGCUUGGGAGCAAUGGGCGGCCGAGGCGCGCCACAAGCCGCGACCAGUGCCCAUGGGGCAUGGCUUGGACUCGCUGCGUGGCACGCAGCAUGUGCACUAUGAAAAUCCAAGCAAGUGGCAAGUGGCAGCGCCGCCGCCGCAGCCAGCACCAGCUAUGCAGUCAACGUCAACGCAAACGCCAACGCCCAGACCACGAACCGGACCCGACUACAAGCGCAUUGAACGCUUAGCGCAGCCGCGACGCAUGAGCAAACCGCCACCGCUGCCAGCGCCGCCGCAGCGCGAACGUCGCCGCUCGCUGGAGCCGUCGCCAAGCAUCAUCGCUGCCAUUUGCCGCGAGCAGCGCAGCAGCUCCAUGGAGUGUUUGCAAUCGCGCGGCAAUUGGCGCAGGCGCCACAAAUCGCCGCCAGCCAACGGCGAGCAGCAAAGCAAAAAAGCGCUGCCGAACAAUUUUGAAUACAAGCGCAACUUGCUGUGCUACAAGCUGCGCGCUUGGGUCGAUGAGGGCGAAGCUCUAAAUCGCUCUGCUCCAAAACUGUUGCCGACGCAGCAGCCGCAGCCGCAGCCGCAGACGGCGCCGCCGCCAGCAGCUGAACCGCAGCUGAAGCCACCGCGUAAAUCCGCUGGCUGCAAUGCCACGCCCAUGCCCACCAAAAGAAGCGGCUCCGAUCUGCAUAGCAAGACGCCGCGCAAGUCCAAACCCUGGCGCUGAAAUUUGUUAACCAACGCACACACACACACACACACACACACACGCACAUACAUAUAUAUUUUUUAUAGCUCUCGCAUGCAAUUUAUUUGACAUAUUCGUAUUUGAUUUCCUAAUUUUAUGUACGUGGUCUAGGCUAAACUAUUUAGAAUAUAAAUGCAAG